AUGAACCUCCAACAAAAAGAAGAAUCGAAUGAAAAUAUUGUUCUUUUUUCUGCUAAAGUUAAUAUUGAAUCCCCAUCAGAUCUAUUUAAUGAUUCAUUUCUAACGGAUAAUGAAGAUGAAUGGAAAGAAUAUUUAUUUAAAAAAUAUUUUCAUGAUCGUGGAAAAACAAUAAUUAUUCAAGAACGACGUUCAUUAUUAAGUGAUAUUAUGCGAACAAUCGUUAUUUUAAUUAUCUUUGCAUUUGUUCUGAUUAUAUUUAUGCUUAUUUCAUUGAUGAUUUAUAAACGUUUACAAUUCAUUAAACGAAAUCAAACUAAUAAACGUCAACCAUUUCCAGCUGAUGAUGCUUAUGAUAAUUUAAAAAUAAGUCCAACACGAUCUAUUGCUGAUAGUGGUACAAUAACAGAUGUCUGA